UGAGAGCAGAGAAGGAGCAGCUGGAUCUGCAGAGCAACACCGAGCCCCCCGGGCACCAUGGCGUCUGGGACCGACCCCCCCAGUGAUCUCCUCGCUGCCGACGAUGCCAAGUUACAGUUUGUGCCGUUCACCAGCGCCCUGGAUGCCGGCUUCUGGCACCAACUGACUCAGAAGAAACUCAACGAGUACAGACUGGACGAGACCCCCAAGGAAAUAAAGGGACAUUAUUAUAAUGGGGAUCCAGCCGGACUCCCAACCCGUCUCACUCUGGAAUUCAGCGCCUUCGAUGUUAAUACCCCCACCCCUGCCCGCUGCUGCCCGGCGCUCGGCUCGCUGUACAACACCAACACUCUGGAGUCAUUCAAAUCGUGCGAUAAGAAGGCGCUUUUGGAUCGAGCAGCCAAUGAGAUUUGGGAGGCGAUUCAGUCGGGAGCUGCCAUUGAGGAUCCGACGCAUCUGACUAAGUUCCACCUCCUCACAUUCUCAGAUUUAAAGAAAUACCGCUUCUACUACUGGUUUUGUUUCCCUGCCCUGUGCCUUCAGGAGGGGGUCCGUCUCCUACAGCCCCCGGCUUCACUUGCCCAACGUUUCUCUGAGCUUCAGGUGGGGGCGCUCCAGAGAUCUUAUGAUGAGUUAUGGCAGAAGGAAGGGACCCCCCCACCUUAUUUCCUGGUGAAAUACACUGAGACUUCCUGUGCUGUGGCCCCGCUCCGUGCGUUCCCCGACUUCUAUAAGGAUGGAGACAAAGUGACAUUGGGGUUCUGUGACCCCUGCACUUUACCCCAGUACCCGGGGUGGCCCCUGCGCAAUCUCCUGGUCCUGGCGGCGUAUCAUUGGGGAAGCCGCGUGCGGGAAGCUGAGGUUCUGUGCUUUCGGGACCGGACCCUCCAGGGGGAACGAGAUGUCACCCACAGCCUCAUCUUCCACAUUCAACUCCCAGAGAUGCCAGCCAAUCAGGAGCUCCCAAAAGCAGUUGGAUGGGAGAAGAACCAGAAAGGGCAAAUGGGCCCCAGGAUGGUGAAUCUCAGUGAAUGUAUGGAUCCAAAAAGGUUGGCCGAAUCCUCCGUUGACCUGAACCUGAAGCUGAUGCGCUGGAGACUCGUCCCAACUCUGGACUUGGAUAAAGUGAUUCACACCAAGUGUUUGCUGCUGGGGGCUGGCACGCUGGGCUGCAAUGUGGCGCGGGCACUAAUGGGCUGGGGAGUCAGACACAUAACCUUCGUGGACAACGCCAAGAUCUCCUACUCUAACCCUGUGCGGCAGCCCCUCUAUGACUUCUCCGACUGCCUGGGCGGGGGCAACCCCAAAGCUGAGGUGGCAGCGGCAAAGCUGGAGAAGAUAUUCCCUGGCGUGAAUGCCAGAGGAUUUAACCUGAGCAUCCCCAUGCCGGGGCAUCCGGUCCAUUUCUCCCAGGAGACCGUGCAGCAGGCCCAGAGGGACGUAGAGAAGCUGGAAGCUCUGAUUGGCCAACACGAUGUUGUGUUUCUGCUGAUGGACACGCGGGAGAGUCGCUGGCUCCCUACGGUCAUUGCUGCCAGUCAGCAAAAGUUGGUCAUUAACGCGGCGCUGGGCUUUGACACGUUCGUAGUGAUGAGGCACGGCCUGAAGAUGCCAAGGAAGGCGGGCGCGGCUGAGUCGUGGGCAGACGGUGCCAACUCCUCCGAUCUUCUGGGCUCCUCCCUUUUCUCCAACAUCCCUGGGCACCGGCUUGGCUGCUAUUUCUGUAACGACGUGGUGGCACCAGGAGAUUCCACUAGGGACCGCACUCUGGACCAGCAGUGCACGGUGAGCCGACCGGGACUGGCUAUGAUCGCCGGAGCCCUCGCUGUGGAGCUCAUGGUGUCCGUUAUCCAGCACCCCGAAGGAGGUUACGCAGUCGCUAGCAGCAGUGACGACCGUAUGAAUGAGCCCCCAACUUCCCUUGGGCUUGUGCCCCAUCAGAUCCGAGGCUUUUUGUCGAGGUUUGAUAAUGUGCUGCCAGUGAGCCUGGCGUUCGACAAGUGCACUGCCUGUUCUCCCAAGGUUCUUGAUCAGUACGAGAGGGACGGAUUCCAGUUCUUGGCCAAAGCUUUCAACUCCUCUCAUUCAUUCCUGGAGGAUCUGACCGGCCUGACGCUGCUGCACCAGGAGACCCAGGCUGCGGAGAUCUGGGACAUGAGCGACGAUGAGAUUGUGUGAAGAGUAACAGAAACGAGUGACCCCCCCCCCCGUGCAAUAUGGCGUCGCCCUCGCCGCACCCCCACCUAUGCAGAGAGCCGCACUGUGUUACAGAAUCUUUAUUAAAAUACAUAUCUGUAUAAUAACCUGCGCCCCCCCCAGAGCUCUGCUCCUGCCCCCCCCAGAUUCAAUUAUUUUUAUAGUUUUUUGUUUUAUUUCUAAAUAUUAAACUGCCCCUGUGUUACCCCCAGGGUACCCGGUGUUUGCCCCAAGGGCCCCAGUGUUACCCCCAGGGUACCCGGUGUUUGCCCCAAGGGCCCCAGUGUUACCCCCAGGGUACCCGGUGUUUGCCCCAAGGGCCCCAAUGUUACCCCCAGGGUACCCGGUGUUUGCCCCAAGGGCCCCAAUGUUACCCCCAGGGUACCCGGUGUUUGCCCCAAGGGCCUCAGUGUUACCCCCAGGGUACCCGGUGUUUGUCCCAAGGGCUCCUUUGGUAGCCCCAGGGUACCCGGUGUUAGCCCCAAGGGCCCCAGUGUUACCCCCAGGGUAUCCAAUGUGUCCCUUAUGGGUAUUCUUGUUGAAUAUCAGCUCUGUAAAUAUCUGCCCCGGUGCAUGCUGCUAUAUUUUUCUUGCCCCACAUACAGGGCGCUGGCAUGCAACUGCGCAUAAGAACCUGCGACUGUGCCCACCCCCCCCAGGAACUGCAGAGAGAAAAGGAGGGGUUAUUUAUCAAUAGAGAUAUUAUAUUUUUCAUUGUAAGCAGGUUCGUGCCCCAGAAAUGGAGACCAAGGUAACUGUGAGUGGGGCCGGGGGGCCGGGGCAGGGAGGGGAGUUACCAGCAGGAUCGUUGGAACUCUCUCACUCACCUCAUUUUUGUAACAAAAUAUUUUCUAACAUAAAAAUGUUUCGGUUCUGUAUAAUGAUCCAUAAAGUUCUAGUUCUGCUCAAAUAAAUCUGUCCGACAAAA